AUGUAUGACCACUCGAUCCCCAAAACUGCCCCACGAUUCCUCCACGAACACAUCUUCGUCUCCUCAAUUUGUCUCGCCCUACCAUUCCCUCUCGACCAACUCUACAUGGAUAGCCUUCAUCUAGAACUCGUUUUCAUUGCGACAUGUGCUUUUCCUCUCGGCAACUCACUACAGAUCCAUUCCAGCGCCAUCGCUACAAGGGCUCACUGUCAGGGCACUCUUCAGCGGCAAUCUCAGUCACACCGCAUGCGCCCGAUUCACAUGGCCGCCCAAGUAAAGUCAGUUAUAGCCGAUUGCCCGGCAGCAUGCCAAUCACUGCCCUCUCUUUGCCGCCCGGCCUACAGACACACACACACACACCCCCACCCCCUCCCUCUCUGGUUCUCCAAUCUCAUGGCAUAA